AUGGCAACGGACAUCAGUCUAUACCCUUACAACCCGAGCCAUGUGCUGCCCAUCAUAUUCGCAACACUCGUGGGCUUGUCACUGCUUCUCUAUGUUUUCCAGAACUUGUAUUGGCGCGUCAUGUACUUCAUGUGCUGGGGCGGCGCCGUGUUCACGACAGGAUGGAUCCUGCGUGCCGUGUCGACAUACCAUCCUACCCAUCUAGGCUUGUACGUCGGACAGGCGGUCUGCAUCUAUGGCGGCCCUCCCAUCUACUCGGCGGCCGAAUACAACAUCCUAGGCCGACUGUUGCACUAUCUUCCCAUGCACGCGCCGCUGAAUCCCAACCGUGUGCUCUAUUUCUUCUUAUAUCUGGGUGUUCUCGUCGAAGCCUUGACCGCCGCCGGGGCAGCACGUAUUGCAGCAGCAAGGGGCGACCUCGCAGUAUACAAAAGCGGAGGGACUCUGAUCUCCAUUGGGCUCGUCCUGCAAGCGGUGCUUGAAUGUCUUUUCAUGGCCAUUGUUGCCUGGCUGCAUCGUCGGUGUCGGCGCUCCGGUAUGCUGGCGCCCAAUGUUCGCUCGCUUUGCAUCAUGCUGUACGGCACUUCGACGCUGAUAUUGCUCCGCUGUAUCUAUCGUGCCGUCGAGGCAUUCGCGACCUUCAACUCACUCACUUCUUGUUCGCACCUCUGUCGCGCCCUCCUCUUGCACGACUGGUACAUCUACGCCUUCGAAGCGGCGCCUAUGGUCAUGUACACGUACUGGCUGAACAUCAUCCAUCCCGGCCGAUUGCUGCCAGCCCAGUCUAAUCGCUAUCUCGACCUAGAUGGCAAGACGGAACGCCGUGGGCCUGGUUGGACAGAAAAGCGUGCCACAUGGUGGACUUUUCUCGACCCUUUUGAUCUGCGCGGUCGGGCCAGAGGGCAGCCUCAGCAUGAAGAGUUCUGGUUGCACCCUCAAAGCUGGCCUGUUUGUGAAGACGGCAGUUAUGCCCAGCGAACAGGCACGAAGUCGAGAGUUGCAUGGCCGUGCUGA